CAUAGCAAGAAAUUUGUCCCUCAAUGACAUCCGUAGAGAGGGCGGGGUUAUUUCGAGAAGAGCUUCUGGAUAGUUUUUCGGAAGCUUCUUUGGCUCAGGGGAGCGGUGGGCGCCUACGGCAGCUGAGAGACCAUGUUCCGCCUUGAGGGUCUGGGGCCCAAGCUGGACCCGGAGGAGCUGAAGCGCAAAAUGCGCGAGGACGUCCUCUGUUCGAUCCGCAACUUCCUCAUCUACGUAGCCGUGCUGCGCGUCG